CAUAGUCCUAAUUAAAAUGUGUCUCCACCUCCUUCAUACCUAACAAAAGGAGGUAGGAGAACCUUAAAAAUUCAUUAGUGGAUUGGAUCGGAUAGCAAAAUUAAGAAAAUAUGGGUAGCGCGGCUGCACCAGCGCCGGCGCCGGCAGCUGCAGCGGCGUUUAACGAAUCGGACAAAUCAAUGAUUUGCUACAUACCAACGAUGACAACAACAAAUGGUGUAUGGCAGCAGGGUCUUAACCCUUUACGUUACGCCCUCCCUCUCUUCGUCGUGCAGUUAACCUUAGUUGUUCUUGCCACACGUCUCUUCUAUUUCAUCCUCAGACCCUUUCACCAACCCCGCGUCAUCGCCGAGGUUUUGGGUGGAUUGUUGUUAGGGCCAUCGGUGCUAGGUCAAAUCGACGGUUUUGGGACUAGGGUUUUCCCUUUGAGAAGUAUGUUGAUGCUUGAGACAAUGGCCAACAUUGGCCUCAUAUACUUCAUGUUCCUCAUAGGGUUAGAGAUGGACAUGGAUGUGAUGAAGCGCACGGGCAAGAAGGCGGUUUCUAUAGCCAUUGCCGGCAUGAUUUUGCCCUUCGUGGUGGGUUUCACUCUCUCUCACAUCGUGGAGCACAACCACACGAGCAUGGAAUCGGAUACAACUCGUAUCAGCUAUAUCAUAUACCUUGGUGUUGUGUUAUCUGUGACUGCAUUCCCUGUGCUUGUUAGAAUGCUUGCUGAUCUUAAGCUUGUUAAUACGGAGCUUGGGAAGCUUGCAAUCUCAACUUCUUUGAUUAAUGACAUGUGUGCUUGGGCUUUGUUAGCUGUAGGCAUUGCCUUGUCAGAGAGGAAAGCUCGUUAUUCUUAUGCUUCUCUCUUGGUUCUCUUGUCAAGUCUUGCAUUUGUUGUUGUUUGCAUUCUUGUUAUUAGGCCUCUGGUGUCAUGGAUGAUACGUAAAACCCCAGAGGGACAACCCUUCAGUGAAACACAGAUAUGCAUUGUGCUUACUGGUGUUAUGAUCUCUGCUUUUAUCACUGAUGCACUUGGGACACAUGCUGUGUUUGGUGCAUUUGUCUAUGGUUUGGUUAUUCCAAAUGGGCCACUUGCUGCUGCUAUCAUUGAGAAGCUUGAGGACUUUGUUUCUGGCCUUCUGCUACCUCUCUUCUUUGCUAUGAGUGGCCUCAAGACUAAUCUCACCUUGAUCAAGGGAGCCGCUAGAUGGGGAUUUGUGAUCUUGAUGGUUCCUCUUACUUGUAUUGGCAAGGUCCUUGGUACUCUUGUUGUUUCUCUCCUAUUCCAAAUACCUGUCAGGGAAGGUGUAAUUCUUGGUCUGCUUAUGAAUACUAAAGGCUUCAUUGAAAUUAUAGUGCUCAACGUUGGCUGGGAACAAAAGGUAUUGGGAGAUGAAGUAUUUUCAAUCAUGGUUCUUGUAACAAUUCUGAUGACAGCAAUCAUUUCACCCACAGUGACAUUGAUCCACAAGCCAAGAAAAAGACACAUAUCAUACAAGAACAGAACAAUGCAAAGUACAGGAACAGAUGCAGAGCUAAGAAUCCUUGUGUGCAUUCACGUCCCUAGAAAUGUCCCAACCAUAAUCAACCUCCUCGAAGCAACCCACCCCACAAUAAAAUCCCCCAUUACCGUAAACGUCCUCCACCUGGUUGAACUCACCGGCAGAGCCUCCGCCAUGCUGGUUGUCCACAACACCACCGACAAAAAAUCAGGCCGCCCCGUUAACAAAACACAAGCGCAAACAGAGCAGAUCAUCACAGCAUUCCGUAACUUCGAAGAAAACGUGGACUGCGUCUCGGUUCAGCCACUGACUGUGAUCUCCCCAUACCCCACCAUGCAUGAAGACAUUUGCAGCAUUGCAGAAGACAAAAGAGUGUCUUUCAUUAUCAUCCCUUUCCACAAACAACAAACGGUUGCCGGAGAGAUGGAAGACACCAUCCCUGCGUUUAGGCUGGUGAACCACAACCUCAUGCAAACCGCUCCCUGCUCCGUUGGGAUCCUCGUGGAUCGAGGCCUCAACGGAUCCACAAGAUUAGCCGCCAGGCCCACGUGUCAUCAGGUGACCGUCUUGUUCUUCGGAGGACCUGACGACAGAGAAGCUCUUUCCUUUGGGUGGAGAAUGUCAAGGCACCCCAGGGUUCGCCUCACCGUCAUGCAUUUCGUUCCUAGAAAAGAUCUUACAGUUAGCAAUAAUGAAGAAGAUGAUGCUCAAGGAACCGAGAGAGAUAAUUAUAGCAAUAAUAAUGAUAACUUGUUAGAUGAAGAGAUCAUGUACGAGUUAAGGUUGAUAGCAGAACAUGAUGAUUAUGUUGAGUACUUAGAAAGAGUUGUAGGGAACGGAGAGGAGACAGUAGGGGCAAUAAGGGCAAUGAAGAAUGUGAAUGAUUUGUUCAUAGUUGGGAGAGGGCAAGGGGCAUCACCAUUAACAGAAGGGUUGACGGAUUGGAGUGAGUGCCCGGAGUUGGGUGCCAUAGGGGACUUGUUGGCUUCUUCAGACUUUGAAACAUCUGCUUCGGUGCUUGUGGUGCUCCAGUAUGUUGGGGAAGGUCCAGAAGGAGAACAAGUCAUGGUCACUCAAAAGCCAUGGCUUGCAACUCAUGAUUUCUACCGAAGCUUGAUCAACAGACGUAUGUCAAGAAGAAAAUAUGGAUCCGAAUCACCAGCUAUGUAUUAAUUAAUUAAAGCUUUUCAUGUAUAUAUGUAUAUAAUAUGCCUUUUUUUUUUUGUUUAGCAAGGAGAGAAUUUUUUAUGCAAUCUUUCUUUAGGGGAGAGUUAGGAAAUGUAUAACCACUUUUCAGAAUACGUAAUGUCUAAUAUUAUACUUCACAUUUAUUGAUGUAUCAUGUUUGU